UGCUGAUAACUGAGACAGAGCUGCUGGGCUGAAGAGGAGGAGGAGGAGUGGCACACUUCACCAAAACUUCCCCGAACUUGCCGCCGCUCCUCCCCGUUAACCGCGCGUAAAGCUCAUCGUUCUCAACUUUCUCCCCACUGAGUUCUCGUGAAGUAGCGACAGUUUACCACAGAAGUGAGACUUUUGCAUUUUGUUUGAAGCAGGAACUAAGUUUGGACAAUGACAGGACUCAGCGGAUAGAACACAACGCGCUUCAGUCGUCUCCCGGACCGCGCGUCAUGAUGCAGCCACUGCGGCGCUCCGGCGUCUCUCUGUGGACUCUGCUGCUCCUCUGCGCGCUCCCCGAGAACUCGAGUACAGGAUGUAGUGGCCGGCCAUGUGACGACAAUGGAACAGAAACCUUUACAAUAACAACAACAACAGUCAGCCUUGUAUCGAGACCAAACUGUACUUUAUCCACUGGGGAUAAUAUCCAUGGAAACGGUUCACUGACUGGUCUGACUUCUGGAGCUGUCUAUCAAAUCGUCAUGAAUUGUUUCAACUGCUGUAAAGAGAUCACAACAAAGCCAGGUAUAAUCGGGCAACCUAAUGUGUCCUCAAACACGUCCUCCAUCUCUCUAACCUGGGCCCCGCCUCCUGGUCAGGUGUUCAUGUACAGGUUGAGGUGGCACGAUGGUGGAGAGAAGACGACGACCGACAACUUUACUGUGUUGUCAGAGCUGAUCUCUGGUACUAACCACACCAUCACCGUCGUCGCUGUAGCUGGAGACAAUAAGACACAAGGAGACCCUUACACUUUCACUUCAUUCACAAAGCCCAAUCCUGUGCUGAACGUUGCAGCCAGCCCUCGAUCCACCACCUCAGUCGCAGUGCAAUGGUCUUACCCAGUUGGAGCCCGGCUAUAUUACGAAUAUGUGAUUAAAACCUUCAAAACCACAGGGGAGCUUGUUAACACAACAAAAGUGUACAGUAACAGCACUGACGUCCUUGACCUUGAGCCAGGAAAUAAAUAUAGGAUCAGUGUCAGAACAAUAGCAGCAUCAGGAAGUGAAUCUACGGAGGAGCAGACAUUGAGUUACACAAUGCCCAAAGCAGUGACUAACCUCAGCGUGAGUGAUAUGAACACCACCGCGAUCCAACUUACGUGGCUCAGACAAAGUGAUUAUAAGCCUUCCUACUCCUACCUGGUGAAGGCGCUCCAGAAUGCCACAGAGGUUCAGCAGAAUCGAACAGGGACAGAGACUUACACCUUCUCCCACCUGAGGCCUGGAAAUCUGUACACCUUUUCUGUGUUUACAUAUGUGGAAGAGGUGAUGUCUACAGGGGAAAACACAUCAAAUUAUACAAGACCGGACUCUGUGACCAUGCUGAGACAGGCAGGAAUCACCACAAACGCAGUGACCUUGGUGUGGGAGCAGCCGAACAGCAAAAAUGGCCAAUCAUAUGUGGUGCUUGUGACCCAAAACUCCUCCUCUUUUCCUGAAGUUCGAGUUUUCAACACCACAUUCACAAGCACCAGACUUUCAUCUGGGACCAACACCAGCUUCACUGUCACGACUCAGACAACAGAUCACACUCCAGCAGCUCCUGUGACAGUUUACUACUUCACACGGCCUUAUAGCAUUACUGGGUUGAAGGUUGAAACCUUAAACACAACCACUGGACGUCUGGUUUGGAGUGAACCUCUGGAGUACAAGAAUGGAUAUACGUAUCGUGUUCAGACGACAGGCUGCGGCUCCCAAAACCAAACCGUUGAAGUAAAAGCUGCAGAGAUCUCAGCGCUCACCCCUGGGACAAACUGCACCUUCUGUGUUUUCGUCAUUGCAGCGGAUGGCACUGAAGGAGAGGAAAACUGCACCUCACAGUACACUAAACCUGAGACAGUACAAGUCAGUCUCUCCAGUCAAGGCUCCAAUAGUUCAGUCCUGGUGUCGUGGACCAAACCUCCUGGGAAGGUGGAUAAUUUUAAGGUUCAUCUAAACAGCACGUCAAAUUUAACGGAAAGAGUGCUGAGCUCUACCAGCAACUCCUCUCUGUUUGAGGGCCUGUCUGCAGGGACACUUUACAGUGCCAGAGUCUUCACAUUUAGUGGACCCUUCAAUGCAUCAUCUGAAUACAUCCCUAAUGCAACUUUCCCAAACCCCCCCGGGUCAGUUGAGGUCCUGACAAGAACAACCAGCUCCAUUGAAGUCAGGUGGGGGGAAGCUCCUCUGAUGACAGCUUCACCGUUCUUCUACAAACUGACUCACACUCCAUCUCAGGGAGGAGGAUCCACCACAUCCAACACCUCCAACAACAACCACACUCUUGUCUCCCUUCUUUCUGGGACGUCCUACAACAUCUCCAUCGCCACCGUGGGUCCCAUGGAUUUUGAGAGUGAGAAGGUUCACAUCUACAUGGUUACUACAAGGCCUUAUAGCAUUACUGGGUUGAAGGUUGAAACCUUAAACACAACCACUGGACGUCUGGUUUGGAGUGAACCUCUGGAGUACAAGAAUGGAUCUAAGUAUCGUGUUCAGACGACAGGCUGCGGCUCCCAAAACCAAACCGUUGAAGUAAAAGCUGCAGAGAUCUCAGCGCUCACCCCUGGGACAAACUGCACCUUCUGUGUUUUCGUCAUUGCAGCGGAUGGCACUGAAGGAGAGGAAAACUGCACCUCACAGUACACUAAACCUGAGACAGUACAAGUCAGUCUCUCCAGUCAAGGCUCCAAUAGUUCAGUGCUGGUGUCGUGGACCAAACCUCCUGGGAAGGUGGAAUAUUUUGAGGUUCAUCUAAACAGCACGUCUUCAAAUUUAACGGAAGAAGUGCUGAACUCUACCAGCACCUCCUUUCUGUUUCAAGGCCUGUCUGCAGGGACACUUUACAGUGCCAGAGUCUUCACAUUUAGUGGACCCUUCAAUGCAUCAUCUGAAUACAUCCCUAACGCAACUUUCCCAAACCCCCCCGGGUCAGUUGAGGUCCUGACAAGAACAACCAGCUCCAUUGAAGUCAGGUGGGGGGAAGCUCCUCUGAUGACAGCUUCACCGUUCUUCUACAAACUGACUCACACUCCAUCUCAGGGAGGAGGAUCCACCACAUCCAACACCUCCAACAACAACCACACUCUUGUCUCCCUUCUUUCUGGGACGUCCUACAACAUCUCCAUCGCCACCGUGGGUCCCAUGGAUUUUGAGAGUGAGAAGGUUCACAUCUACAUGGUUACUACAAGGCCUCAUAGCAUUACUGGGUUGAAGGUUGAAACCUUAAACAAAACCACUGGACGUCUGGUUUGGAGUGAACCUCUGGAGUACAAGAAUGGAUCUAAGUAUCGUGUUCAGACGACAGGCUGCGGCUCCCAAAACCAAACCGUUGAAGUAAAAGCUGCAGAGAUCUCAGCGCUCACCCCUGGGACAAACUGCACCUUCUGUGUUUUCGUCAUUGCAGCGGAUGGCACUGAAGGAGAGGAAAACUGCACCUCACAGUACACUAAACCUGAGACAGUACAAGUCAGUCUCUCCAGUCAAGGCUCCAAUAGUUCAGUGCUGGUGUCGUGGACCAAACCUCAUGGGAAGGUGGAACAUUUUAAGGUUCAUCUAAACAGCACGUCUUCAAAUUUAACGGAAGAAGUGCGGAACUCUACCAGCACCUCCUUUCUGUUUCGAGGCCUGUCUGCAGGGACACUUUACAGUGCCAGAGUCUUCACAUUUAGUGGACCCUUCAAUGCAUCAUCUGAAUACAUCCCUAAUGCAACUUUCCCAAACCCCCCCGGGUCAGUUGAGGUCCUGACAAGAACUACCAGCUCCAUUGAAGUCAGGUGGGGGGAAGCUCCUCUGAUGACAGCUUCACCGUUCUUCUACAAACUGACUCACACUCCAUCUCAGGGAGGAGGAUCCACCACAUCCAACACCUCCAACAACAACCACACUCUUGUCUCCCUUCUUUCUGGGACGUCCUACAACAUCUCCAUCGCCACCGUGGGUCCCAUGGAUUUUGAGAGUGAGAAGGUUCACAUCUACAUGGUUACUACAAGGCCUCAUAGCAUUACUGGGUUGAAGGUUGAAACCUUAAACACAACCACUGGACGUCUGGUUUGGAGUGAACCUCCGGAGUACAAGAAUGGAUCUAAGUAUCGUGUUCAGACGACAGGCUGCGGCUCCCAAAACCAAACCGUUACAGGAGAAGCUGCAGAGAUCUCAGCGCUCACCCCUGGGACAAACUGCACCUUCUGUGUUUUCGUCAUUGCAGCAAAUGGCACUGAAGGAGAGGAAAACUGCACCUCACAGUACACUAAACCUGAGACAGUACAAGUCAGUCUCUCCAGUCAAGGCUCCAAUAGUUCAGUGCUGGUGUCGUGGACCAAACCUCCUGGGAAGGUGGAUAAUUUUAAGGUUCAUCUAAACAACAUGUCUUCAAAUUUAACGGAAAAAGUGCUGAACUCUACCAGCACCUCCUUUCUGUUUCGAGGCCUGUCUGCAGGGACAAUUUACAGUGCCAGAGUCUCCACAUUUAGUGGACCCUUCAAUGUAUCAUCUGAAUACAUCCCUAACGCAACUUUCCCUAACCCCCCCGGGUCAGUUGAGGUCCUGACAAGAACAACCAGCUCCAUUGAAGUCAGGUGGGGGGAAGCUCCUCUGAUGACAGCUUCACCGUUCUUCUACAAACUGACUCACACUCCAUCUCAGGGAGGAGGAUCCACCACAUCCAACACCUCCAACAACAAUUACAAUCUUGUCUCCCUUCAUUCUGGGACAUCCUACAACAUCUCCAUCGAUACCGUGGGUCCCAUGGAUUUUGAGAGUGAGAAGGUUCACAUCUACAUGGUUACUACAAGGCCUUAUAGCAUUACUGGGUUGAAGGUUGAAACCUUAAACACAACCACUGGACGUCUGGUUUGGAGUGAACCUCUGGAGUACAAGAAUGGAUAUAAGUAUCGUGUUCAGACGACAGGCUGCGGCUCCCAAAACCAAACCGUUACAGGAGAAGCUGCAGAGAUCUCAGCGCUCACCCCUGGGACAAACUGCACCUUCUGUGUUUUCGUCAUUGCAGCGAAUGGCACUGAAGGAGAGGAAAACUGCACCUCACAGUACAUUAAACCUGAGACAGUACAAGUCAGUCUCUCCAGUCAAGGCUCCAAUAGUUCAGUGCUGGUGUCGUGGACCAAACCUCAUGGGAAGGUGGAACAUUUUAAGGUUCAUCUAAACAGCACGUCUUCAAAUUUAACGGAAAGAGUGCUGAGCUCUACCAGCAACUCCUCUCUGUUUGAGGGCCUGUCUGCAGGGACACUUUACAGUGCCAGAGUCUUCACAUUUAGUGGACCCUUCAAUGCAUCAUCUGAAUACAUCCCUAACGCAACUUUCCCAAACCCCCCCGGGUCAGUUGAGGUCCUGACAACAACAACCAGCUCCAUUGAAGUCAGGUGGGGGGAAGCUCCUCUGAUGACAGCUCCAUCGUUCUUCUACAAACUGACUCACACUCCAUCUCAGGGAGGAGGAUACAAACCCUCCAACACCUCCAACACCAACCACACAUUUGACUCCCUGCUUCCUGGGACGUCCUACAACAUCUCCAUCGCCACCGUGGGUCCCAUGGAUUUUGAGAGUGAGAAGAUUCACAUCUACAUGGUUACUACAACCGAGUUGCAUGUGGAGUCUGUCGUGGCUCGUACGACGCAAGAGGACAACAUCACAGUCGCAUGGGAACCUGUUGAAUACACAGGAAGCUUUCAUUACCGUUUGAAGUGGACAAACCGACAUGGGCUCCAAAAUAUCACAACGCAGGAAACAACGUAUACGAUAUCCGACCUGGAUCCUGGCAGCCGACAUAACUUUAGUGUCACCCCAGAGAUCUCUGAAGGGAAGCCGGGCAAGACAACAAUGAAUUCCAGCUGCACAAAUGCAAGCCCGGUGAACAACUUAAGAUGUGAAGGUCCAAACGAACCCAAGGCACAAAUCAUCCUUUCCUGGAACAAACCCAGGGGCCAGCACUCCGGCUUAUGGGUCACUGCCGAUGACAAAAGCUUCAACAUCUCAACAAACACCUCAUAUAAUUAUACUGUGUUCUACCCUCAUCACAAUACUAAAUACAGGCAGACUGUGCAGACGCUGAGCUGUGGACUGCCCAGCUCUCCUGUGUCUUGUGAGAACUUCACAGGCAUUACAGAUCCUCCCAUCCCACCCAACUAUAAGGAAAUGUUGGAAGUGACUGGAGUGGUAUACAACAAGUUCUCCCUUCAGAUCAAGAGAGAAUUGCUGAAUAACACCAAAGGGCCAGUCAAAUAUGUUGGGGUGCUGGUGACAAAUAACCUGGCUGGUGUUGACACUUCAAAUUUGAAGAAGUACAUGGGGAAAACUUAUGAUCAGUGGAGGGCGGCGGACACUCCAAUGUACUUGGCAACAGUCAAAGAGACCAACCCCCAGUCACGCAGCGGAGGGAACCCUCUGAAUAUAGAAGUAGGAGAUGAAACUAUAUGGAAGAACUACACUAAUGGUGCUCUGGAAGCCACUGGAGAAUACCAAUAUGCCAUCGUGUUGUUCACCGAUGUGACUCUGCAGGAUGGUCUUGUGGACAUUGAGGAGUCUCUGGCCUCAGUAACAAUGGUCUUCACUGUUGUUAAACUCCCACAAAACCCAGCUGUCAUUGGCGUUGCUGUUGGAGCAACGCUGGGAAUUUUUUGCAUUCUUUUCAUCAUCCUCAUUGGCUUCAUAAUCUACUGGAAAAGGUUUUCCAGAAAAGAACCGUCAGACAUCCAGAUUCACUCCAUGAGAGCCAAAGUGAGUGUGGCUGUGAGGAUCGAGGACUACGAGCGGUACUUCAAGAAGCAGAAGGCAGACUCCAACUGUGGCUUCGCUGAAGAGUUUGAGGACCUGAAGGCCGUUGGUACAGGUCAGUCGAGGACGAGCGCUCUGACCUUAGAGAACAAGUCCAAGAACCGCUACAACAACGUGCUUCCAUACGACUUUUCUCGGGUGAAACUCUCUAUCAUCCAUGGAAAUCCAUACGAUGACUACAUCAAUGCUAACUACAUGCCGGGUUACAACUCCAGGAAGGAGUUUAUUGCAUCUCAGGGUCCUUUGCCCAUCACAGUCAGCGAUUUCUGGAGGAUGAUAUGGGAGAAGAAUGUACAGACCCUGGUGAUGCUGACACGCUGUAACGAACAGGGACGAGUAAAAUGUGAGCAGUACUGGGGUUUUGACACCAAGCACUGUGAAAACAUCACUGUGACAACAACCUCUGACAUACCACUGGAAGACUGGACCAUCAGGGACUUUGACAUUAAAAAUCUGAAAACUGCAGAGACACGCGCUGUGCGUCAGUUCCACUUCACGGCCUGGCCGGAUCACGGGGUGCCAGAAACCACUGAGCUCCUCAUCGACUUCAGACAUCUGGUCAGAGAGCAUAUGGACCAGUACUCCAGACAUUCUCCUACUGUGGUCCAUUGCAGUGCUGGUGUUGGUCGUACAGGUACCUUCAUAGCCAUUGACCGUCUGAUCUUCCAGAUUGAAAGGGACAAUUGCGUGGACGUUUAUGGCAUCGUCCAUGAUCAGCGCAUGCACCGGACCCUUAUGGUGCAGACCGAGGAUCAGUAUGUGUUCUUAAACCAGUGCGCCAUGGACAUCAUCAGGUCAAGAACUGGAACCAAUGUCGAUCUAAUCUACCAAAACCUCGCUGCGAUGUCUGUUUACGAGAACAUAAAACCCAAAAAAGGUGGUCAGAAAAACGGAUACAGCAAUGCAUAGGUCAGAGAAGCUGCUCAGGUCUCUCUUCAUUCUCUUAGCAAUGAACUGAGCAGACAUUGGUAAAAGGGAAGGCUCUAAAUAGAUUGUGCUGUAUUUAUUUUUAUACCCGUGUCGUUCUCGUUAAGGAACUUGUAACUUUUCUGGAUUUAAAUGUGUUUCUUCUGGUAUUUAUUUGUUAAAAAAUGUUGAAUGUCUGACAAUAGGGAAGAAUGUUUAUUGAGAUUUGAUGGUCACAUAAUCACAACAUUUUUCAGACCGUGUGUAAACAUCUGUCUUGGAUUAGUUUGUAUAAGUGAUUGAUUUUUUCUGCUUGCUUACUACUGUAUAUGACUUACUGUUGAUUUCAUUUUCAGCUCAGGUUAUUUGUUGGAUGCUUGUCAAGGCAUUUUACAUUCAUGUUUGAAAAAUUCUGAAUAAGAAAAACAUGGACUGUUGAGAUUUUAACUUGUCAUAGGAAACAUGAUGUUUUCUGCAUCAUAUUUUUUGGAAGAUUGUCUGAUGCUUUUUGCACCUCUUUUACCAAUUUAAAAAAUGUCUUUGAAUAAAGUUGUGUUGUUGUUUGUUGUAGAAUACGUUGUAUUUGUAUGCCCUGUAGUAAAUGCACUGGAUGCACUAGAUUUUCUAUACUUUCCACAUUUUUACGUUUUGUACGAUUUUUUUGUUGUCAGUGUCUUUGAUUAUAUUUAUGCCUGUGCUUUGUGAAACUGUUCGGAACAUUUUGCUGUUCGUCCUGCAUCUGACUGUUGCAGGUCAUUUUUUUAAGAUUAUGGGUCACAUCAUUAAACAAAAACUCAGGAAUUCAAACAAUGAAAAAUGAUGUUUUAGUGGUUAAUGUGCUGUUUAGAAAAUCCCUACUGCAACAGUGGGUGCUUUGCAUUGUUUUGUCCGUCUUUUCUACAUUGUUAAUUCCUUAUAGAAGCAACAGGGUUACAUCACUUCCUGCUGCAUAUCUGCUCUCUCAGGGGAAACUUCCUGUGAUGUUGAAACCACCAGAGGAGCAGAAGCUUUAUUUUUUUCCUUCUAAAGGGCAGAAUUUUCCACAAGGCGGGUUUUAAUUUUUUUCUUCUAAAGAUAAAUGAUGUGUGCAGUUACCCAGCAGAUUAUUUUACAACCACUUUAUAGAAAUUGUUCUUAAAAUGAUUGAACGCACAUUUUGAAUAAAAUACAACAGUAGCAAAUAGUUGUUAGGAUGUUUUUGAGAUGCUUUAUGAAAUGCUUGCUGGUACAAUGCAAAAUUAAAAUGUUAUUAUUAAGGUAUAAAUAUGUGUAUACUGUUCAAUUUGUGGAAUAAAAUGGUAUUAAAAGAUGUUACUACAUUUUUCCUCAACA